UCAAGCUCCUGGGUCAUGCCUUGUUUCAAGCAGCCUAAGCACUUCCAGAGUCUCACAAUUCUGCAUUGGCCCUUGAGCUACCUUGCCAUAUUUUAGAUCUUGCAGCCAUUGUUCAUUUACCUGCUGUUUACAUCCCUGUGGCUGCUAGCAGCCCUUUACUUUGCCUGGUUUUCCCUGGACUGGAAGACCCCAGAGCAAGGUGGCAGGCGUUCAGCCUGGGUAAGGAUCUGGAGUGUUUGGACCCACGUCAGGGACUAUUUCCCCAUUACGAUCCUGAAGACUAAAGACCUGUCACCUAAGCACAACUACCUCAUGGGGGUUCACCUCCAUGGCCUCUUCACCUUUGGCGCCUUCUGCAACUUCUGCACUGAGGCCACAGGCUUCUCAAAGAUCUUUCCAGGCAUCACUCCCCACUUGGCCACGCUGUCCUGGUUCUUCAAGAUCCCCCUUAUUAGGGACUACCUUAUGGCCAAAGGUGUGUGUUCUGUGAGUCAGCCGGCCAUCAAUUACCUGCUGAGCCACGACACUGGCAACCUUGUGGGCAUUGUAGUGGGAGGGGUGGGACACGUCCUGCAAAGUGUGCCCAACACCACCACCUUCAUCCUCCAGAAGCGCAAGGGGUUUGUGCGCACAGCCCUCCAGCAUGGGGCUCAUCUGGUCCCCACCUUCACUUUUGGAGAAACUGAGGUCUUUGAGCAGGUGCUGUUCCAUAAAGACAGCAGGAUGUACAAGUUCCAGAGCUACUUCCGCCAUAUCUUUGGUUUCUAUUUUUGUGUCUUCUCUGGUUGAGGCCUCCGCCAAGGCUCCACUGGCCUCCUGCCAUACCCACUGCCUAUCAUCACUGUAGUUGGGGAGCUUCUGCCACUGCCCAAAAUGGAAAAUCCAAGCCAGGAGAUGGUGGACAAAUACCACACACUCUAUAUGGACGCCCUGCACAAACUGUUUGACCAGCAUAAGACCCAGCACGGUUGCUCCGAGUCCCAAAAGCUGCUUUUCCUGUGA